GCCCUUUUUUGUGUUUGGGAAGAUUUUGAUGACAAAGUUUGGAUUUUUCUUGUUCAGAAUGGAUUAACAAGUUCAGAUCUCUAUGUUUUUAAUGUACUCAGUGCCUGAAGAAUCAUGUUUCUGCAUUUUUAUUAAUGGGGUUUGUAGUUUUUUCUUCUUUUUGUUAUGUCUGUGUGGGGUUGAUGAUUGUUUUAUGGAUGGACUUGAUCAAUUCUGUCCUUGAGUUAGCUUUUUGGGUAAAGCUGUGGUUAGGUGUCAUAUCAUUACUGGUUCCAUGGUAUUUUCUUGGGAUUGGUAAAUUCUUGAAGAUAUUAGUAAAAGUUUUGUAUAAAAAUAUAAGUUGGAAAGUUAAGUUUGGCUAUGUAGGACUAAUAAACAUUCUAAUUUCUUAGCUUCACCCUGUAAAAGUGUCUUGUUUUAGAUAUAGGUUACUCUCUUUUGUAGUUGUAGGGACAAAAGGUUUUUCCUUUCUGGUUUGGGCUUAGAAAGGAUAAAAAGAAUCAUCAGAAUAAUAUUUCUAACAUGAUCCUUGAUUGUCUUUCUUCAAAUCUGCAGCUCAGGGGUUUCUUGAUAUUUGUAAUUCCCUUGAAAAUUAUCUAAACCAUAUAUUGUCCGGACUCUUUAAAAGUGCAGUCACACCCGUGUCAGAUCUUUAAAAAUAAAUUACUUUUAGAGGAUCUGACAUGCAUAUGAAUUCUGUUUUUUUUUCCAGUUAGCUAUCAUUGUUUAAUUUGAAAAGUCAUAGAACUAGCCUCAAUUGACCUGUUUUUUUGGGAUCCUUACAUAGGAGGCUGGGCACUUACUAUCGAAAUUUUGAAAAAUUGGAUAGGCCUUUCUAUUGAGAUUUUUGAAGGAGAGACAAAAAAGUCGGUUCCAAAGUGAGCUUGAUUGUUUUAAUGAAAUGAUGUUAUAAAUAGGUCUGACAGUAGUUUUCAUUUCUGAUCACAUAGAUCAGAUUAACCUAUAUUUUGGGAGUCUGGACAAUAACAUAUAUAUUUUUAUGACUCAUGCUGUGUUUUUCCAUAGUAAAUGCAGUACUACUUUGCUUUCAUGAUUUAUUGGUGUAUUUUCUUUGAUAAUGAAGCCUUAUCCCAAGGUGGUUUACCUAUUAAAUUUGAUUUGACUUGUUAGUUGAUAAGCUUAUCAGAGACACAUAUUUUAAAACCUCUCUUCAGAUUUUUAUUUAAUGCCUUUGGUUUUCCAUCCGUUUAUUUACUGCCUGGCCAUCAAUUUCAUGUAGUUGUUCCUUGGAGAAACUGAUUUUGUCCUGGUACAAUGUUUGGACUUUUGUAAUAGCUGUUGUUAUGGCUUUUGGGCGAAACCCAUAGGCAUUAAAGCCAGCUUUUUUCAUCAACUAGCCGGAUAUGGCCUUAGAACAGCUGGACACUACCUUUAACAAACACGAUACUCCAUUAGGGAAAUGGAAGACGAUGAACGAUGAAGUUGAAGAGAAUAUUUCCAGUGAUUUUGAGUGUAACAUAUGCCUGGAUUGUGUGCAUGACCCUGUGAUAACUUUAUGUGGUCACCUUUACUGCUGGCCUUGCAUUUACAAAUGGAUUCAUUUCCAGAGUGUUCCUUCAGAAAAUUCGGAUCAGCAGCAACCCCAGUGCCCUGUUUGCAAGGCUGAAGUUUCACAAAAAACAUUGAUUCCACUCUAUGGACGCGGUGGCCAAUCUACAAAACCAUCCGAAGGGAAGGCUCCGAAUCUUGGCAUAGUGAUCCCACAAAGACCCCCUAGUCCAAGAUGCAGCGAUCACAUGCUGAUACCAACUACCGAUUCAAAUCCAUCCCAGCUACUUCAACGCCGAAGUCAUCAACAACAGUCUCAAACACGUCAAUCGCCUUAUCAGCGAAGCACCUCACCCGUGCUCAGCCCUGGUGGCACCACAACUAAUAUGUUACAACCCUCCAUGAUUGGAGAAGUGGCCUAUGCAAGGAUUUUUGGCAACUCAUCAACAACUCUAUACACAUAUCCUAACUCUUAUAAUCUAGCAAUCAGCAGUAGUCCAAGAAUGAGAAGGCAAUUAGCACAGGCUGAUAGAUCACUUGGGAGAAUAUGUUUUUUCCUCUUUUGUUGCUUUGCCACAUGUCUAAUCUUGUUUUGAACACUUCCUGUCUGUUGCUUGUACUUUGUAAAAAAGAAGAUAUGGGGUUGUUGUAGUCUCUGUAGUAGAUGAGAAAAUGUACAUCCUUAGCUAAAUGUGUAACAAAUCAUAGAAAGCUUUUGCUCUCUUUGGUCUUUGCUAAUACACACUUGGAAUUAGAGUGCUUGAA